GGGCGGGGCCCCGGGCGCGGAGCAGGCCCCGCCGCCGUUGCUAGGGCGGCCCCCCCGCGUUGCUAGGGGCGUGUCCGGCCGCCGGGCAACUCUCGCGAGAACAGCCCGCCCCGUUGCCUGGAGACGGCGGCGGCUGCCAUUAUGGCACCCAAAAAGAAAGUCGGGAAAAAAGGGAAAGGGAGCAAAGCUCCGGCGGUGGUGGAUGCCUUGUCCCCGAGGGAGAUGAGCAAGGAGCAGCUGGAGAAGCACGUUGCACGUCUCCGGGAGGAGCUGGACCGGGAACGGGAAGAGCGCAACUAUUUCCAGCUGGAGCGUGACAAGAUUCACACCUUCUGGGAGAUCACCCGCCGGCAGCUGGAGGAGAAGAGGGCAGAGCUGCGGAACAAGGACCGGGAGAUGGAGGAGGCAGAGGAGCGGCAUCAAGUGGAGAUCAAGGUUUACAAACAGAAGGUGAAGCACUUGUUGUACGAACACCAGGAAAACCUCACCGAGCUGAAGGCAGAGGGCACCCUGUCCAUGAAGCGGGCCCAGAAGGAUCACUGGGCCCAGGAGAUGGAGCUGCGGAAAGACAUGCGCUCCUUGAAAGUGGAGCUGAAGGAGCAGGAGCUGGCCAACGAGGUGGUGGUGAAAAACAUGCGCCUGAAACAAGAGGAGGAGCUCACCCGGCUCUGCAACGACUUUGAGAGACAAGUGAAAGAGAUUGAGGCCAAGUACGCCAAGAAGAUGCAAGCGCUGCGGGACGAGCUUGAUUUGCGGAGGAAGACUGAGAUCCACGAGGUGGAGGAGAGGAAGAACAACCAGAUUGGCGAGCUGAUGAGGAACCAUGAGAAGGCCUUCAGCGACAUGAAGAACUACUACAACGACAUCACCCUCAAAAACCUGGCGCUCAUCAGCUUGUUGAAGGAGCAGGUGGAGGAGAUGAAGAAGAGAGAGAACCACUUGGAAAAGGAGAAGGCGGAUGUGCUGCUCCAGAACAAGGAGCUGAAGGAACCCCUGCAGCAGGCCCAGGAGCAGGUCUCUGAGCUGCAGAAGAAGGUGGCCCACCACGACAAGGACAGGGAGGCCCUGAUGAACACAAAAGCCCGGCUGAAAGUCACCCAGAAGGAGCUGAAGGAUCUUCAGUGGGAACAUGAAGUGCUGGAGCAGAGGUUCAGUAAGGUGCAGGCGGAGCGAGACGAGCUCUAUCAGAAGUUCACCAAAGCCAUUAACGAGGUGCAGCAGAAGACGGGCUUCAAGAACCUGCUCCUGGAACGCAAGCUGAAAGGACUUCUCAGCGUCCUGGAGAAAAAGGAAGUGGAGCUCAGCGAGGUCUUUGCAGCCUCCAACCUCGAGCCAAGUGCCCUCUCCUUGGUCUCGCACAAGCUGGAGGACGUCCUCAAUUCCAAGAACGCCACCAUCGAGGACCUGCAGCACCAGCUGGCCCGAGCCUGCAAGGCGCACGAUGACAUGCUGCGGACGUUCGAGGCAAAGCUGACGGCCUUUGGGAUCCCCCUGGACAACCUGGGCUUCAAGCCCCUGGCGAGCCCCUUGCUGGGGCAGGGCCCCGCGGGACUCGUGGCCGUGCCCACCUGAGGCUGGGAGCGGGGCUGUGCCCCCGUCCUGCUCCGCGCCAUUAAACACACCCCGGUGAGCUUUCCCAAGGACCCGCAGGACCCUCUCUCUCCCCCCUGGCGGGGUUUUUCCCUGCAGAGCAGCCCCCCACACCUGCCUCCGGGGCUGGCCCCCGCCUGCGCCGCCCCUGCGGCUCCCCUCCUUCCCCCUCCGGAAGCUGGGCCUGCACUGGCCCAGGAAUGUGAUUUUUUUGUUUGUUUGUUUGUUUGUUUUUGAGACAAACAGUGCUGUUUGAAGCCUUUAA